ACUAUACUUAAAACUACUCACAAUGUCUCUAACACCGCUCUCAUCUCUCCGCGUCUCUAAGCAUCUCAUCCCAUCUCACAACCUAAUCCCCAAUUGCAGCAUCCACCAAAAACCCCUUCUUCACUACCACGCUGCCUUCAAGCCCCCCAUAUCCGCAUCAAAGAUCGAAGCGCACCUAUCCUCAGUUAACGUGGUAGCACCGCAGUGGCGCUACACAAUGUACUCCCAAACCCACUUCCACAGCACCACCCACGAGGUCCUCUGCAUAAGCCACGGCAGAGCCCGUUUAUGCUUUGGUGGCGAAGAUAAUGAGGGGAGGGUUGAACCGGUGGUGGAAACGGGCGAUGUUGUGAUUGUGCCUGCGGGAGUGGGGCAUCGGUUGUUGGAGGAUCUGGACGGCGGGUUUGAGAUGGUGGGGAGCUAUCCGACGGGUUGUGACUGGGAUAUGUGCUAUGGGAAGAAGGGUGAGGACGACAAGGUGAAGGCUAUUAAGAACGUGGAGUGGUUUCGGAAAGAUCCUAUCUACGGGGAUGAAGGGCCAGCUACAGAGUUUUGAGGGAGUCACGUUUGUGGCA